CCCGCGCACAUCUGGCGGGGCGGAGCUGGGAGGCGCCCGGCCGCCAGCCAUGGAUGCUCCGGCCCGUUGGCCGCUACCCUCGACCCCCGCGCCCCCGCGGCCGCCCCUCCUGCUCCUGCUGCUGGCCGCUCUGAGCAGCGCGAGGGACGUCCACCUGCCCCCUGGGCCUCUGCACCGCAUCGUGGGCACCUCCAUCUUCAUUCCCUGCAACGUGUCUGAGUACGAGGGGCCCACCCAGCAGCAUUUUGAGUGGUUUUUGUACCGCCCGUCCGCUCCAGACAUCUCCAUCGGGGUGAUCAGCACCAAAGACCCCAACUUCCCGUAUGCCGUCUUCGGGCCACGAGUUCAGGCAGGAGACGUGUCCAUCCGGCGGGUGCGGGGGGACGCUGUGGAGCUGCACAUCAAGGAGAUACGUGCGGAAGAUGCGGGGGUCUACGAGUGCUACACCCCCUCCACCGACUCCAAGUACCUGGGCUCCUACGGCAGCAAGGUGGAACUCAGAGUGCUGCCCAACAAACUCUCCGUUUCCGCUGCCUCCCCCCCCAUCGCCAAGCCCGUCCUCCGGAGCCGCGGGGCCGUCGCCGCCUCCCCCCCGCUGCCUCGGGUGACCCUUUCCGAGAGCCAGGAGCUCCGGCUCACCUGCACGGCCCUGACGGAGACGCAGGAGCACACCCACCUCUCCGUCUCUUUCGGCGUCUCUGGCACCGAGGACCCCGGGGGCCGUGCGGCGGCGCAGGAGGUGAUCGGGCUGCGGAGAGACUUUGCCGUGGAGGCCGGCGGGCGCUUCGCGGAGCGGCACCGAGACCACGAGCUGUCCCUCGCCAAGCUGGGCCACCGGCAGUACCAGAUGGCGCUGGGCUGGCUCAGGCCGGAAGACGCGGGGCUCUACCACUGCACUGUGGGGGAAUGGAUCCAAGAUCCCGACGGCAGCUGGCAGCAGAUCGCAGAGAAGCGCGUGCCUCUCGCCCAGGUGGCCGUCCGCACCAUCACUAGCCAGCUGUUGGUGUCUGUGAGUCCUUCCCACACCCGGGUCAGCUCCGGAGAACCCCUGGAGCUCUUGUGCAACGCCUCUGGGAUCCUGGCUUCCCCUUUGCCCCACGUUGCUUAUGCAGUGAGCUGGGAGCUCGGCAAGGAGGGCGCCACGGAGGGACGUCUGGUGGCCCAGUUGGACACAGAGGGAGCCGUCGUCCUGGGAGACAGCUAUGCCAACCGUGAGGUGGGCCAACGGCACGUGUCCCUCCAGAAGCUGGGCUCGCCCCCCGGCUCCUACCGGCUGCGGAUCGAGUCGGCCCAGCCGGGCGACGUGGGAACCUACUGGUGCGUGGUGCAGGCUUACGUCCUCUCCCCGAGAGCAGAGCCACGCCAAGUGGCCACCGGCAGAUCAGAAGGACUGGCUGUGGACAUGACGCCGGAAGGUACCUGCUUCAUUGCCUGGUGUUUGUUGGGGUCUUCGAUCUACUUGAGUCUGAGGCACCUUUGGAAUUCUGGCACGGCGUGGCGGGUGCGGCCACAAAAUGGCUACCACAGGAGGCGGGGGCAGCCGCCUGAUUGCUGCUGCCUCUUACCUUCGAUUUCAUCACCCUCUGGGGACUUCACGGAUGGAUUCCUUUCGCGGGCACUGAAAACACAGCCGCUGGCCCCUCCCUCCCUCCUCCCCGCCACUCCUUGGGCCAGGGGCUGGCAGGUGGAGAUCAAACUCCUGGCACUUGUGGGCCUCCUUCUGCCGCUUCUGUUUCCUCUGGCAUCCGCGGAUCCUGGCUGCCGCGCGGAGGCUCCAGCCUCCCUGUCAAAAUCUACAGGAAGUUCCCAGCCUGGAGCUGGCAACCUUAUUCCUUAUCCCUGUGAUGUGGAGCCAAAUGCCCCAGCAGAGGCCCGCGUGCAUCCAUGUGCCGUCGCGCUAAAACACCUGCUACGGAGAAGCGGUCCAUUUCUGGCGUUGGCAGGAUCCGUGCCGGCCUUCCCCACCCCGAAGGUGCCGUUCAAAGGCCUCUACAAAGCUCUUCCUUCAGAAAUAUUUGUUUGGAGGCCUUCCCGGGAGUUCGGGUUCCUGGAACGAGAUCUCCUGCGCCUCGGCUGCCAAGGCAGAUGGUCAACUCAGAUUUCGGAUGUACCAGGAUAG